AGUAUGCAUGGUCUAUGACUAUGAUCAUUCGUUUUGCAGAUAUGAGCAAGAUUGGAGUCAUCAGUUCAUCGUUCACCAGCAUCAUAUUUCAGCAUUCAGCAUUGGGAAAGGGGAGAGCACGGAGACGGAGUUGAAAUUAAUGUGCCGCUCCUGCUCAUUUCGACGAAAAUACAAAAGCAAGCGCUGCUGUCAAGGCGAGAUCGCAAGAUGUUCAAGUUUCCAUUCCGAUCGCAGGAUAGAAGAAGGAGUGAUUUUCCUGGAAGCAGCAGGCGCCAUGGGCGUUCUGGUUCCGCAAAUUUAAUCAUGGAAGACACUGACUACAAAAAAAUUAGUGUCUUUCCGACCUUUGGAGAACUGGUGGAAUCAAAAGAAGUAAAGCUGAAACCAAACAUCAUUCAAGGACCCUACAAGAGUAUUCAGCAGUACUUGGACAUCCACUUCAGACUCUUUAGAGAAGAUUUUGUUUCACCCUUUCGAAAGGGAAUUCAAGUCCUGGUUCGCAACAGCAACGCUAGAUUCCCACCCUCGGACGUCAGGUUGUACAAAAAUGUGAAGUAUUUGGAUUCUGCACAUGAGAAGUAUCUUCCCUUUGAAGAACGGUGCAAGUUUUGCAAAGAUGAUUAUCAUUUGGUUCGUUUUGGCUCACUUGACAGCCGAAAGAGUGGUGAUGAUUUAGCCCAGUCCAAAAUUUUCAUGGUUGGAUCACUGGUCUGUUUCACCAGCAACAACUUUCGAACCCUGACUUUUGCCACUGUCAAGUGCAGGGAGAAAGAGCACCUGUCCAAAUCUCAAAUUGUUGUCCAAUUCUGCCAUAGUCAAAUACUGGACAAGAACAGCUCCUACAUGAUGAUUGAAAGUGAAGCCUUCUUUGAGCCGUACUACCAGGUGCUAACGGCCCUUAAAGAAAUGAAAGAGGAGGAUUUCCCCUUUCCACAAUACAUCAUCAAAGUUCAGAAAGAGGAUGCUUUGCCUUGUUACCUUCGAAGUAGAGGCCCUGUUUACAUUUCAGUCUCUGGACUGGAAGAGGAUUUCAAGUUUGAUGUUUUGAAUACUUCUGCUUGGCCCUCCGCUGCUCAGCUAGGAAUUAACGACUCUCAGUUCCGAGCCUUGCAGGCUGCCCUGACAAAGGAGCUGGCAGUCAUCCAGGGUCCUCCAGGAACUGGCAAAACCUUCAUGGCCAUGAAAAUUACAGAAAUUCUCAUUAAGAACAAAUUUAUCAUGAAUAGAAGAGCACCCAUUCUGGUUGUGUGCAUGACCAACCACGCCCUGGACCAGUUCUUAGUUGGAGUGCUUAAGUUCACCAAAAAUAUUCUUCGGUAUGGUGGCCAGUCAAAGUGCAGAGAACUGGAUGCCUACAAUUUCCAAAAGCUGGAAGGUUUUUAUGAUGACCGUUUGAUGCAAGCUAGAGGCAGGGAAGUGAUUGGACUAACAACAACUGGAGCGGCAAGGGCUCGGUCAAUGCUGAAAGAUCUCAAUUGUGAAAUUGUCAUUGUGGAGGAAGCUGCAGAAAUUUUGGAAGUCCAUGUUGUUGCCUCAUUGAACAAAUGCCAGCACCUGAUUUUGAUCGGUGAUCACAAGCAGCUGCAGCCAAAAAUUGCUGAUCACAAGCUGACAAACUACAAGUUAAACAUCUCCCUGUUUGAAAGGAUGGUGAUCAACCGAGACAAGUGCUCCACUCUAGAAGUGCAGCACAGAAUGGCACCGGCUAUGACUAAGCUGAUUGUGCCCCUCAUUUACAAAACUCUGAAGGACCAUGAAAGUGUUCUACGAAAGCCUAAACCAAAAAGUUUGGUCAAUAGAGUUUCAUUUGUCACUCACAAGUUUCCUGAAUCGCAGUUCAAAAAUGGCCAUAGCAAGAUGAAUGAGCACGAAGCUACUUUCUUGGUUGCCCUUUGCAAACACCUGCUGAAGCAGGAUGGCUACAAACCUGAUGACGUCACUAUCCUCACCACCUACAAAGGCCAAAUGUUUCAUAUCAAAGAUAUCAUCAGUAAUGACGAAUCGGAGCAAGCCUUGGAUUUGUCAUAUGUCCGAGUUGCAGUAGUGGACGAUUACCAAGGGGAAGAAUGCAACAUCAUCCUCUUGUCUUUGGUGAGGGGAAACCACAAUGGAAACAUCGGCUUCUUGGCAAAUGAGAACAGGGUGUGCGUAGCUUUGUCCAGGGCAAAGCAUGGAAUUGUGAUUGUUGGUGACAUGGACACCCUGUCCAGCAAAGCUCAGGUCUGGAAGUCCAUCAAGGACUCUCUUCAGGAACAGAGAGCACUCGACACUUCUUUGACCCUUAGAUGCGAGGCCCAUCCACAAUGCAUCUUCAGGGUGCAGAAUGCAGCUGAUUUCCAGAGGCUGGCACCUUUUGGAGGCUGCAAUGAGAACAACUGCUUCGUGUUGAUGGACUGUGGCCACAUUUGCAAGGCAAAGUGCCACACAAGUUCGACGGAACACAACAUUUGCACAGAGCCAUGCAAAAAGACAUGCAGGAGGGAGCAUCAUAUUUGCAGUAGGAGGUGCUUCGAGAUGUGUGAACGGCAAUGCACUAGUCUGGUAAUUGCUACACGACCAUGUGGACAUUCCCUAUGGAAGCUGUGUUACAGGGGCAUUUAUGAUAGUCUGUGCAAAGCAGUUUGUAACAAAAAACUUUCCUGUGGACACAACUGCAAGAAAAUGUGCCACAAAGCCUGCUCUCCAUGUGAGCUAUGCCACGUGGACUCUCUCAAUUUUGACAGUAUUGGAAUUUAA